CGUCAUUUUAAAAAGUACCGCGCGGCCGUCGGAUGCAAAGUUGGUAGCUCUCGUAAGUUUGGCGCGCGUUUUCAGUGUGUUGUGUUUUUGUUGCUUAAUUGCAGGCAAACAUUAAAUAAAUUGCAAGCAACCAGUGUCAGUGAGGAACAAUAAAAGAAGCAACAUUUAUUUAAACUUUUUUUUACAUACUUUUUUUGCUGUGCAAGUGUGAAUGCAUUUUAUGCAAGUGUGCAACUGUGUGUAAACAACAACAUGUAAACAAUUACAACGAUGGCAUCAAGCAACAUCAGUAGGCACAGAAAAUAUAAAAACAACAAAUCCCACGGCGCCGCCGGCACGCAACUCCGUUGGCUGGACUGCCUCAUACAACUUUGUCUAUUUACCAAAGUUGUAAAGCUGACGGCAUUUGCCGAGGAGCUCAGCACCUCGACGGGCGUUUCAGAGGAAUGGGGCUCUGGCUGGCGAAGCAGCAGCGGCGGCACCAACUUUCUCGUCGAGGUUGAGCAAACAGCAGCCAUGCCGAUGCCACCGAAAAGCGCCAGCAACAGCUCCGAGGAGCUGCUGGGCAGCCUCGAGGAGGGCAGCACCAGCAGCAGCAGCAGCAGCAGCAGCACCGUGGCAAAUGUUGCUGUGAAUGUCACCGCCAAUGUCGAAACAGGUCCCAAGAUUAUUGUGCGCACCGAGGAGGUGCUAAUUGUUGGUCUAGUGCUGGUGCUUUGGGUGGGCGCCAUCAUGCUCUUCUUCAAUCGUUGGGGCAAGAUACGAAUGCUCGAGCCAUAUCAGCCCAAAUUUCAGCAGCAACAUCGCAGCUCCUGCCCACUGGUCGACAUGGAUGCAGUGACAACGCAUCAGCGCUCCUCGGUGUCUCGCAUGUCCAUGGGCAUGGUGCAUCAACACAAUUUGAAUUUGCCCACGUGUCAAUUUGCGGCCUAUAAUCCGAGCAUUUAUGCAAAGGGUUAUGCUUCGCAUGUAUCCAUGUCCACAGCAUCGCGGCCGCGUCAGAAUUCCGUGUUUGUUGGAGCAACUACGAGUCACUAUUUGAUGCCGAGACCACCGCGCAAGACUCGCUCGGCAAUGGAUCUGCAUUCAAUGGUUUUAGAUGAGAGUGCGGAGCAGGUCUAAACGUCUUGUUUGCUUGUGUGUGUGUGUAUGAGAGAAAGAGAGAGAGAGCGAGAGUAGCACAGUUAGCAAAGUAAGUCAGUCAGUACGUAGUUAGGAAACUAAAGAACUCUAGAUGCAGCCGAUUUAACUAGCAGAGGAUGCGAACUAAACUGUCCAAUAUUAACUGCAACUAUUUACAAAAUGUGUUUAACUAAACUCUACACUCUAUGCGCUAACUCUUCGCACACUUAACAUGCCCAUAGCGAAUGACGACGACAGAAAGCUGAGAGCUAUGACAGUUCGACUCAGCGAACUCUUUUAAUCUUUUGCAAGAAAAUAUUAUUAAAAUAUAAAUUUAUACAGCUCUUGCUCUUAAAGCACACACGUUAUUGCGUUUUGUAGUUCAAACUAUUCAAACUCUAUCUCUACUACUACUACUACUACUACUACUAUUUAGCAGUUAAAUAACAAAUUAUGUUGCGUUUCAUGCUCAAAAUAUGCUAACCAAACUAUAUCUUUAACUAUUUGCUUUUUGUGUCCACAUACAUUACACUGUACCUACAAAAAUUUCGUUAGCCUUAGCUGCUAACUAACGACCAACUAAACUAAAACUACUAACUACAAACCAAAGUAUAACUGACGAAAGCUUUAAACUCCUUUUUGAGGCAAUUGCCGUACUACACACAAUACAAUAAAACCCAUCCAAAGAAAAA